AGAGUGAGGGAGGGAGUGUGUGAGAGAAACUCCUGCUGAAAAUAUUCCAAAGUGACCACAGAGAAACAGGGGAGGAUUUCUGCAUUUAGAAUGUCCCGCCGACCAGAUAACAGCUGAAUUUACACAUCUGUGAGGACUUUUAAAAGAGCGAAAGAGAAGAAAUACGAUACAUAGGGGAAAUGAUAAAAGAAGCAAGGGCCAGAAUAUAAAAAGGAAAACUAGACGAAAAGAAGUGGACGAAGAUGGAAGUCUACACUGUAAAAGUAGCAACUGGAACAUCAGAGUAUUCAGGCACCAACAACUACAUCUUUGUUACUCUGGUCGGGGAGAAAGGAGAGAGUGAACGAACCCUGCUGGACAACCCUGGACUGGACUUCUGUCGAGGAGCAGUGGAUGAGUACAAUGUGACCAGCCCUUCCCCUUUAGGCACCCUGCUCCUGGUCCGACUGGAGAAACAGAGGUAUUGGUUGGAAGAUAACUGGUUCUGUCGCUACGUCACAGUGGAGCCUCCAGGGGGAGACAAAGUGCUGACUUUCCCUUGUUACCGCUGGUUUAUAGGAGACAUCAAGGUGGAGAUAAGAGAAUCAACAGCGAAGAUACUGAGGGAUGACUCCUCACCUCAGCUGCUGGCACACAGGAAGAAAGAGCUGCAGGACAGACAGAAGACUUACAGAUGGGGAACCUGGGCUUCAGGGAUUCCCAGAUGUAUCGAUGCUAAAACGGAAGCAGAUUUACCCCAAGAUGAACGCUUUGACAAUGAGAAGAGGAGCGACUUUGAGCAUUCCUUACAUUAUGCCUUGCUGGAGUUGUCUCUGAAGAAGCUCGCCAUCAGGUUUGGGAAGUCCUGGUGUGAUCUGGAUGAUUUCAAACGGAUCUUCUGGAAGCUAAAAAGUCCCAUAGCUGAGUACUGUAUGGAGCACUGGAAGGAGGACUGGUUCUUUGGCUACCAGUGUAUGAAUGGCUCGAACCCGAGGAUGAUCCAGAAGUGCAAGAAGCUGCCAGAGAACUUCCCUGUCCUACCAAACAUGGUGCAGAGCUCCAUGGCUCCCAGGACCAACCUGGACAAAGAACUCAAGGCAGGGAAUAUCUACUUGUUAGACUACGCCAUCAUGGAUGGGGUUCCCACCAACACAAUCAGGGGUAAACCUCAGUACAUCGCUGCUCCACUCUGUCUCCUGUACCUACAUCCAGAUGACGGACUCAUACCUAUUGCUAUACAGCUGGAGCAGAAUCCAGACCGGGACACUCCCAUAUUCCUGCCCAGUGACCCGCCCCUGUCCUGGCUAAUGGCGAAGAUGUGGGUGCGUCACUCUGAGUUCCAGGUGUUCCAGCUGCUGUCUCACCUGCUCAGGACUCACCUGGUGAUAGAGGUGUUUUGUGUGGCCACUCUGAGACAGCUGCCUGCUGUGCACCCUAUAUAUAAGCUCCUGUCUCCUCAUCUGCGCUACACUCUAGAGAUCAACUGUAGGGGGCGCACUCAGCUCAUCUCGCCUGAUGGCAUCUUCAAAAGGGUUGUGUCUACGGGUGGGGAUGGCCUGUUGAUUCUGGCUCAGAGGGAGUACAAGGUGCUGACGUACCGCUCCCUGCAGCCCUGCAACGACUUCACUGACAGAGGAGUUAACCAGCUCCCAAAGUAUUUCUACAGAGAACACGGGAUGAUGCUGUGGGACGCAAUACUCAGUUUUGUCUCGAGUAUAGUAAACCUAUACUACCAGUCAGACCAGGAUGUGCAGGAGGACCUGGAGCUCCAAGCCUGGAUCAGAGACAUAACCGAGGAAGGCUUCACAGAGCUCCCCAAAUUUGGUCUGCCCAGUACGCUCAGCACCAGAGAGGAACUCUCCACCCUGCUGUCUGUGGUCAUCUUCACCAGCACAGCCCAGCAUGCUGCUACUAACAACGGACAGUUUGACUGGUGUGCCUGGGUCCCCAACACCCCCUGCACCAUGAGACACCCCCAUCCAAAAGACAAGGAUGCUGUUACCAUGGAGAUGAUCAUGGACACCCUUCCUGAUGUCAGCCAGUCCUGUAUGCAGAUGGCCAUCACAUGGCAUCUGGGGCGAGCACAACCAGACGCGAUUCCUUUAGGGAAAUACACAGAGGACCACUUCAUUGAGGGGCAGGCCCAGGAGCUGAUUGACAGGUUCAGAACAGAUCUGAAGAAGAUUGAGAGCCACAUCGAGAGUGAGAAUGAAGGACUGGAGCUUCAGUACCUUUUCCUGCUGCCCAGCCGCAUAGAAAACAGCAUCACUAUAUAGAAUACAUGCAGGUUUCUUUUCACAUUAGAUUAUUUUGUGUUUAGAAAGGAAAGCACAAGUAGGGGAAAAUACAUUUUAAUUUGUAUAAACAAUUUAACAGGCACAGCCGUCUGUUUUUGCAAUGUGUACAAGUUGUCAAGCUAAACAUGGAUUAUUUUUGUCAUUUUAUUACACAGCCAAUAUUUUCAUGUAUAGGUAUUUAACACUUUUUAUGAAACUUUUAAAAUGUUGUAAUUACAGAUGUUGAUGUGUUGGAGAGCUAGAAAGUCAUAAUUCAGCUAAUAAAGAAAAUUCCAGGCUGGUGUUAAAUAAAUUGAAUUCAGUCAUCCACAUACUUUUUAAUGCAAUCUUGGACAUUAAAUAUCAUUUUGAUAUAAAUAAAAGACAACCUCAAGGAUA